AUGGGCGAGAAAUCCAUAUUCCAACAAGCACAAGAAACUUGCAGCUAUCUGCGGGAACGUCUCCCCGCUGAGCUCCAAAAACCCCGGUUUGCCAUUAUCUGCGGGUCGGGACUAGGCGGUCUGGCGGAAUCAGUGAACAAGAGUCCCAAGGCUGAAUUUGACUAUGCGUCUAUUCCUCAUUUUCCAGUUUCAACAGUCCCUGGACAUGUCGGCAAACUCGUGUUCGGUAUUCUUGGAGAAAAUAUUGCAGGUGUGAUGAUGGUUGGCAGGUCGCAUUACUAUGAAGGCCACUCGGUAGAUAGGAUCACUUUUCCGGUGCGUUUAUUUAAACUACUGGGGAUUGAGAUAAUCGUUGUCACAAGUGCUGCAGGAGGACUGAAUCCUGAAUACGAAGUUGGGGACAUCGUCAUCUUGAAUGAUCAUAUUUUUCUUGCCGGUCUUGCGGGAAUACAUCCACUUCGAGGCGCGAAUGAUAACGAAUUUGGCGUCCGCUUCCCUCCUCUAUCAGACGCGUAUGAUCUUGGGCUCCGGAGGAAUGCCCAUCGAGCCUGGAGAAAAGUGACGGUGCCAGAAAACACUAGACGAGUAUACGAGGGAGUUUAUGCAUUUGCUGGGGGACCCAGCUUUGAGACGAGAGCUGAAUGCCGGCUACUACGCCAGCUCGGCGCAGAUCUCGUUGGAAUGUCAACAGUUCCUGAAAUCAUCGUGGCAAGACACUGUGGGAUCAGGGUUCUCGCGAUGAGCCUGGUCACGAAUAAAGCAGUCUUGACUCCAGUUCCAUGUGGAGAAGACCAGCUUUUGCAGAAUUUAACAGUGGACGAGCUAAACACCAUCGUCGAGGAAGGCAAGGCGAAUCAUGAAGAAGUCCUGGAGGCUGGUCUCCUUGCAGCAGCAGAUAUGCAGAAAUUGGUAACGCAAGCUCUGGCAGAUAUUUUUGCUGCCGCGGAAAACUAG